AUGGCUUCCCGCUCUUCGCUCGCGCUGCUCUUUGCGGCACUGCUUUGCGUUGCGCCCGCGCUGGCGGACAACGUUGUGGGCCGGAAAGUGGGCCCAACAGAUUCCGUUGAUACCGCUGGUAUCACUGCUGUCUCUGCCACUCCUGCCCCCACGACCGCUGCGGCCAUUGUCUAUGAGAACUGCGGCGCUGCCGGUGCUACCACCAACCGUCCCUGCACUUGCGCGACUGCGCAGGAGGCCCUCACCGCUGCGGUGUCUGGCGUGCUGCACAAACCCACCAUCGUGCAACUGCAGCCUGAAGUGCACGUCUGCAACAAGGCCAACGGUGUGCGCGUUCCCGACGCCCUGAGCCACGUGGUGAUCCAGGGGCCGACCACGUUCGACGGCCAGAACAAGGCCAAGUUCCUGAUGAUGCUCACCGGAAAGCAGGUGGACAUCUCGAUCGGCGAGCGGAACGGAAACGGAAUCGCGUUCAACAACGCGGCCGGCGCGGCGAUCGUGAUUGGGGGAGGCGCAGCGAAGAUCACCGUCGAUACCUGCACCUUCAGCAACAACUUGAACGGCGUGAACGGCGGUGGUGCGAUCCACGCGGUGAUGUCCGUGUCCGAGCACUCGGGCCACGCGAAGCACGUCUUCCCCGGCGGCAGCAACGGCCUCAACGUCUUCCGCUCCAACUUCACCAAGAACGUCGCGGGCGCUGGCACCGGCGACCAGCUGUCCCAGGGUGGCGCCAUCUUCUACACCGGCCGCCAGCCUUUCCGCCUGGCUGACUGCGUCUUCACCGGCAACAAGCUCAACACCGACAAGCUGACCAAGAGACGCCGCGGCGGAGGUGCCGUGUACUCCUAUGCUUCCUCCGGUCUGAGCGAGAUCCAGGGCUGCACCUUCACCGGCAACGCCGCCCAGUAUGGUGGCGCCCUCUUCCUGUCCGGCGCCCACAAGGCAAUCUACCUGGUCGGGCCCGACCUGGACAGCACCCCCAACACCUUCGCCAGCAACGUUGCGGCCAAGGCUGGUGACUCCGUUUACAUUGAGGGCCUCAUGAACGGCCACUUCAAGAACAACGUCUAUGACGUCAACACCAAGGCCGCCGCCAACAGCAUCGCGUUCGUCAACACCGCCACCGGCAACAUGACCGACUGCGGCAGCACCUUCGCCCCCGGUGCCAGCGUCUUCUCCAACCCCGGUGGUCUCACGAUCAACGGCGCUACCAACGCCCCCGCCUUCACCCCCAUCUUCAACAGCAAGAAGAACACCGCCGUGAAGGGCGACGUUUGCUCCAUCCCCGAGUCCUUUUGA